AUGGCGGACAAGGCAGUCACCAUCAGAACCAGGAAGUUCAUGACUAACAGGCUUCUCUCAAGGAAGCAAUUUGUCAUUGAUGUUCUUCAUCCAGGGAGGGCCAAUGCCUCAAAGGCUGAACUCAAAGAGAAGUUGGCUAGAAUCUAUGACGUGAAGGACCCAAACACUGUUUUCGUGUUCAAGUUCAGAACUCAUUUUGGAGGAGGCAAGUCAACUGGAUUUGGUUUGGUCUAUGAUUCUGUUGAGAAUGCUAAUAAGUACGAGCCAAAAUCCAGACUUAUCAGGAAUGGGCUUGAUACUAAGGUUGAGAAGUCAAGGAAGCAAAUGAAGGAAAGGUCGUCAUAG